AUAUAAUACAAAACCAUGAAUUUUUCAGACCUUUUUUCAAUUUCAAUUUAGUAUGUUCUUUACUUUUCUUGUCUUGUAAUAUCCAUGACUAUCGUAACAAUUUUAGUCUUAGUCGCUUUAUUAGAUUUUCACCAUACACAACUACUUUUACUAUGGGCAUAGUAUCACUCGUACCAUUGCUAAUUUACAACAAUCAAAUGAAGGCAAUCAAAAAAGAUAUGGACGGUUUAUUUUGGUCGGUGAAAGGAAUAGGUCCGUCAUACAAAGGAUCUAUAAACAAAAUGAUAUAUUUUCAUUACUACAUCUGCGCUGUAAAAUUUACACUACAUAUUUGCAUAAUCCUUGGACUUAUACCAUACUCUGGUAUUAAUUAUAACACUACGCUGGUCUACAGCAUUUAUAAAAUGCAGUACUACAACAUCCCUUUGGUUUGGAAGACCGCGUUCAACGUUUUUUCUUUGCUUGUAAUUUUUAUAAUGAUUUAUCCCAUUGUUAAUAUUGGUUUGGUUGCAUUAUAUUUUACUACAAGGAUUUACAUUCAAACACUAUUGUUGUGUGAUUUUAUUGAAAAUAUUGGCAAAAAAGAGGAAUAUGAAAUGAAAUUUUGUUUAUUGGAUGAUGAAAAUUACCAACGAGAUGUUUAUACUAGAUUAAACUUUGCUAUAGAUCACAUGCUGAAAAUUAAAAUGAUUGCUCGUAGAGUUGCUGCAUUGUUUUCUAUAACCUUAGGAAUACAUCUUGUUUUCGGUAUAAUUAUAAUGUCUAAUUUAAUGAUUGCCAUUGUAUAUUUUAAGGGACUUAACCACUGGCCUGUGUUUUCAGCAUCUAUGUUAUUAUCAUUUUUAAUCUCGCUUACUUAUGCUUACACUGGAGAGUUAUUCAAAAAAAUACUGGAUAACGUCACCGAUGCAGUUUGUAAGUCCCCAUGGGAAUUUUAUAGUCCCAAGGGUCGUAAAUGUCAACUGAUGUUUUUAACAAUCACAUUAAGAAAUGAUUUAAGGAUAAAAUACUUCGAAAUUUUUCCAUUAGACUACAACCUCUUCAUAUCUGUUGGAAGGUUGCUUUUCAACAUUGCCACGGCCAUGGUAUCUCUGAACAACAUCGAGUUUAAUUAACAGAUUAAAAAUAAAGAUUAACUGCACUAUUUUGUGAGCAUGCAAUACAUCGCAAAAAAGAACGCUCAUGCGUAAACAUUCUUAAAAGAGCACUAGAAUUAAACUAGUCCGCAUUCCUAUCGCUUAUUUUAGCCACACAGUUAGAUUCAAUCUUGUUUCAGUCAUGCGAGUGUAAUUUUCGGCAAUACACGAAUUAUUAGACUG